GUCAUCCCUAAGCGGCACCUCAGUCUAGUUAAUUAAACUCAUUUUUAUUUUAUUUUUUUAAUAUGUUAAUCCCCGCCCCUGCAGUCGGCCACGUGCCCUUAGGUCAUCCAUCCUUGUAAUAUUCUCUCUCCUUCGUCUCCACCGCCGGCUGACCUCAUCCGGAGUCUUCUCUCCUCCGCGCCGACGAACGCAACCAAAACGCAAGACUACACCGGAAACUGAAAGGUUAGGGAUCUAGUCGCAAGAAUUGUCAAACGCCGCCUCCCGCAGCAAAAUCUUGAGAGAUGCAUCCUCUCUACGCGGUGAUCGCGACGAGGAUGGUCUCCACCAUGGCCCAAUCGGAGACCGGCGACGAGAUACCUUACGGAACCAUCACCUGGUUCGUCUACGCUGGAAUAUCCUGCUUCCUCGUCAUCUUCGCCGGAAUCAUGUCCGGCCUCACUCUCGGCCUCAUGUCCCUCAGUCUCGUCGACCUCGAAAUCCUCCAGCGCAGCGGUACCUCCGCCGAGAAGAAACAAGCAGCGGGUAUACUUCCUGUGGUUCAGAAGCAGCAUCAACUUCUGGUGACUCUACUUCUCUGCAAUGCCGGUGCGAUGGAGGCACUACCUAUAUACCUGGACAAGAUGUUCAACCAAUACGUUGCAAUUAUACUCUCAGUGACGUUUGUUCUGUUCUUUGGGGAGGUUAUUCCACAAGCAAUAUGCACCAGAUAUGGUCUCGCUGUGGGUGCCAAUCUAGCUUGGCUGGUGCGUGUUCUGAUGAUCAUUUGCUAUCCCAUAGCAUUUCCCAUCGGAAAGAUUUUGGACUGUGUGUUGGGGCAUAAUGAAGCACUAUUUAGGCGGGCUCAGCUGAAAGCCCUUGUUAACAUACACAGCCAGGAGGCUGGGAAAGGAGGAGAACUUACACAUGAUGAGACAACGAUCAUCGCUGGAGCGUUAGAUUUAACCGAGAAGACUGCUGAAGAGGCUAUGACACCUAUAGAAUCAACUUUCUCCUUAGAUGUCAACUCCAAGUUGGACUGGGAGGCAAUGGGGAAGGUUCUGGCUAGAGGACAUAGCAGAGUUCCUGUCUAUUCUGGAAACCCCAAGAAUGUCAUUGGACUUCUCCUGGUGAAAAGUCUUCUCACAGUAAGACCUGAAACAGAGACCCCUGUCAGUGCUGUCUCAAUCCGAAGAAUUCCACGGGUACCUUCAGAUAUGCCACUUUACGAUAUACUAAACGAGUUUCAGAAGGGAAGUAGCCAUAUGGCAGCUGUAGUUCGGGCCAAAGGGAAAAGCAAAACUGAGAAACAAGAAGAAAACAUAGGAAUAGGGAAAGAUCAGCUAACGACUCCUUUGCUGUUCAAGGUGGACGAAACACCCGGAACUGUUAUUGUGGAUAUUGAUAGGUUUGCAAGUGCAAGGGCAGGGUACGGAUUGCCUCAACAAUCCGAUCAAGAUAUAGAGGAUGGUGAAGUUAUUGGUAUCAUCACUUUAGAGGAUGUGUUUGAAGAACUCCUGCAGGAGGAGAUUGUGGACGAAACAGAUGAAUACGUUGAUGUUCAUAAAAGAAUUCGCGUUGCUGCUGCUGCAGCUGCAUCGUCAGUGGCUCGAGCUCCAUCAAGUCGGAGGCUAAUAGCAGCCAACAAAGGAGCUGGCAGGGGAAGUCCGGGCAAACCCCGAGGAAAUCGGACCACGACUCGAGUACCCCAAGGCUAUUAGGAGGAAGUGCUGAUGCUGGUGCAGCAGAACAUUAUAGAAGCAAGACAUCAUAACAUAGUUGACUAAGCAGAGUGUUGGUUUUGGUCCUGUAAUUAUUUGAGGCAACGAUAAUCUAGAGAAUGAUGGAUUCAAGCUGUGUUGUCCUGUGCCCUAAACUAAGCAAAAGAAAGAAGCAAGUUCAUUGCAGCGUAUCAAUAUAUGUAAACUCAAUGUAUCAAAUUUUGGUUUCCAUCAUUCGUCAAAAUACAAGUGCACUGAUAUUGCAAGGAAUUCCUGCUAUACUAUUAAUGCAUGCGUAUUGUAUUCUAUGCACAUAUCAUAUGCAUGCAUAAUACGUAUGUUAUACACGCAUGAACGAACUUGUGCAGAUCGACCGAAACGUAAUUGUUCUUCCCAUCUGCUCUGGCUCUCCGGUGAUGAACAUCAGAUGGAAUGGAGGUGAAAGGCUUGGAAGCCGCUGAGUCAGUCGUCGUGAUCGGAGUCCCAAGUGAGGAGGAUGAGGGAGCAUUUCCAGAUGAUGUAGAGGCGAGUCCGCUGCUCCCUCGCCGCCCUUCGCCAUGACAGCAAUGUUGGAAGCAGCUGCUUCUGCAGCCCCCGCGGUCUCAUCCAUCCCAAGCAAUGCCUCCCCUUCAUGAUUGAUUAACAACAGAAAUUAAGAAGAAGAAAGAAGACGACUGCUUUAGUUUCCCAGAACAACUCAGAAGUCAGAACCAGAAAGAGAUUUUUUGGAGCUGGGAGUGUAUGUAUGUG